ACUAACCGUACGUAUCCCCGCUUCCUCUUUAAACUCCAUCGAUAACAACCGCCCACACACGGAGGAGCAGAGACCAACGGGCAGCAGCGCUAGUGGUCUACUCGCAGAGCGGAGUCACUGCAGAGUCGGAAAUCAAGAAACCAAGAUGAGACGGUUCGCCGGCGGCGCCGCCGCGUUGGUGCUGCUUCUCUCGGUCACUACCGCCAGGGUUGCCGUCGCCGACUUCUUCUCCCCUCUCAGCCCCCUCCUCGCCCCAGUCAUGGGUUCGCUAUGCAAGGCGGUGGCUUGCGGGAAGGGGAACUGCACGGUGACUUCCGGGCUGCCGGGGUACAGGUGUGACUGCGACCCAGGAUGGUCGCAGAUGCACGUCGGCGACGACCUCAGGUUCCUGCCCUGCGUCAUCCCCAACUGUACCAUAGAUCGCUCAUGUUCUAAUGACACUUCGGCACCAUCACCAGCGCCUUCGCCCAAAAAUUUCUCCCUCUCAGCAGACCCUUGUGAGUUAGCUUAUUGUGGCUCCGGGGGCACAUGCAAGAACGGCACGGGACUCAACUACCACUGCGAGUGCAAGGAGGGCUUCAGCAAUGUUCUGAACAUGACCACAAUGCCUUGCUUUCACGAAUGUUCUUACGGAGCAAAUUGCGCGGCCCUUGGGAUCCUCCCAUCCUCAAACUCCACUUCUGCAGCACCACCAGCUGGCUCCUCAAGCGUUUCUAACAACUGCAAUGCACCUGCUCCAGGAUUGGUUUCGCGGCAAAUUCUACUUCCUCUGCUGAUAUUGGCAUUAGUGGCGAUGAUGGGCCAGGCGACAUGAACAGAGCAUGGUUUUAUACCACGGUAGCACUAAAGGGAGUUUUUGUUCAUGGACAGGGUAGAGCUUUUAGCCAGUUAGAAAUGUACUUUGUUGGUGUAUCAAGCUGCUGUAUUAUUGGCACGUGGCGAUUCUUCUUAUGUGAAAAUGGAAUAAACUAUCUCUAUGUAUAAUAUAAUAUAAAUAAACCGAUUGUGUAUUCAA